AUGUCGGCCCUUGGGAGAUGCGGAGCCCGUGAGCUGCGAGCCCUAACACUCUCAAAUCCCUUGACCUCAACAGCAUCUGCCGCGCGGUCAUUCUCCGUGCUCAAUCGCCCACCACCAAAUUACCCGGGCCAUGUCCCAUUGACGACGAUCGAACGCGGAGCUCUAGCCAUAGGUGCAGCGGUGGGAUCAUUGAUCAACCCCCGACGAGCAGACCUCAUCGCCGCCCUCGGCGAGGCAACCGCAACACCUUACUUCAUCUACCGCCUCCGCGACGCCAUGCUCUCCGAUCCCACAGGCCGCCGGAUCCUACGCGACCGACCACGCAUCACAUCCGACACCCUGAACCUGUCCUACCUACGAACCCUCCCCCCAAACUCCGUCGGCCGCACCUACGCCAAAUGGCUCGACCGCGAAGGUGUCUCCCCGGACACGCGCGAUACCGUGCAGUACAUCGACGACGAAGAGUGCGCGUAUGUCAUGCAGCGAUACCGCGAGUGCCACGAUUUCUACCACGCCGUCACGGGGCUUCCUAUUUUCGUAGAGGGGGAGCUAGCCCUCAAGGCGCUGGAGUUUCUGAAUACGCUUUUGCCCAUGACGGGGUUGAGUCUGUUUGCCUUUGUGAGGAUGAAGCCCGCUGAGAAGGAGCGGUUCCUCUCGCUGCAUCUUCCGUGGGCGGUGCGUAGUGGACUUGCGAGUAAGGAGUUGAUUAAUGUUUAUUGGGAGGAGGUGCUGGAGAAGGAUGUCGAUGAGUUACGGGCUGAGUUGCAUAUUGAACAACCGCCCGAUCUGAGGGAUAUUCGAAAGAUGAUCCGGUUGCAGCAGAAGCGGGAGAAGGAGAAACUGCAGCAGAGCUAG